AUGGCUCAGCCUCAGCCUCAGACGCAGAUGCAGGUGCCGCCUCGCGCAUUCUCUCCGCCGCAGCAUUCACCCUCGCCUGCCGCGUCGCAGUCCAGCUUCGCCCUCCCACCGCAGAAACGAGCUCGAACCGACGGGCCAUCCUCGCAACCCGAAUCGCCAUAUGCUACAUCCCCUUACGCCGCGAGUCCAGGUGCUACUCCAGGCGCCACAGCUACGCCGCCUGCUGGGACUGGAUCUCCUGCAUUUGUGCAAAGCCCUGCUCUGCCACAACCGUAUGCCACACCCUACACCAACGGCCACACAACGCCUGGCCUUAAUCUCCCUGACGUACGACCGAACUCAACACCUCCUAUUCAGCAGACUCAGCAGCUACAGCAGUCUAUACCUCAAUAUACUAAUGCCACAAUGACUCCUGUUCCUGUACCCACUCCUGGUCAGCUAAUGACCCCCACUCCUGGUCAGCUAAUGACCCCAACUCCUGGCCCCGGAGUCAUGGGGCCUCCCCAAAGGCCAGCAGAGCGACCAACAAAGGAUUACGAAUACGAUGUGACAGAUUCACUUGCCGGUACUGGCAUCGACCUUCGAGCUGAGGAGCAGUAUAUGAACGACCUGUAUGCGACCGGUUUCGACGAAGCGCGGACGGGCUUUGCCCACCAGCCGCCGGGGCCAAAGUCGAGCUUCUACGGUGCCGGGCCAGCAAACCAGCCAGCCCAGUCUGUUCCGGAUCAACCACAGGAUCAGUUUGCUGCACAGCAAGCGGAGAGGGCUUGGUCAGAGUCGUCGAUGCGACUUGCGCUUCAACGGACACAGGAGAUAAGUGAUCCUUUUUUGCUGGUCGCUUUGCUGCAUCGACGCGCGGACAAAAUUGCACGAGAACACCACCUGGCGCUGAACUUGGACCUGAAGAACAACAGUCAAACCAUGGGGAAGAUGAGGCUUCCGGAACAAUUUCCUGCGCCUAAGGUGACUGUUAAAGUGACUCCAGGCCCAGAUUCGACCAUGGUUCAUACAACCGGCUCAUACAUCCCACACGAUGCUUUUCUAGUUGAUCAGUUGGCAUUGAUGUCUAUUGCAACAAAGCAGCGACUCCGAGAACUAGUGGAAGAUGCACAUGUAGUGGCAACGAAUAGGCAAAAGACAUCUCAUGGCGACAUACCCGAGGAAUGGACUCCAGCGGCAGCUCCUAUGAAUGCUGAGCCACUCGAGCCCAUUGAGAAGCCAGCGGAUGCGGUCAACGGUGUCGACGGGACCCCUGUGGAGAGUGCGAACGGGGAUAGCACGAAUCCACUGAAGCGUUCCAGCGAUGCAGCUGGAUUGACCAACGGUGCGCCGCCAGUCAAGCUGCCUAAAGUGUCGUCGUAUAUGACAACGACGAUGCGGGACCUUGCUAGACAGGAGCGUGACUGGGAAGAGGCACGACUCCGCAAGCGCCAGAAACGCAAGGAUGGUAUACCAGACUCGGGAGCCACGACAUCACGUGCUGGUAGCGUGGCGCCUGGCACUCCUGGUUCUGUAGCGCCAGAAGCUCCAAAAGCAAUGACGAAGAAGGAGAUGAAGAAGAACCAGCAGAUGAAGGCUGCUGAAAUUGACAGUCAUCAGAGCCAAAACACCACGAGUAGCCUCUUUGCUGGCUUCGGGGGUAAGAGCGGACUGUUUGGUAAAAAGAAGGCUGGCAAGACAUACGACUGGAUGACUCGAGGCAGCGGAGCCAGCACGCCGACCAGAAACGUUGCGGGUGCCGGAAAAGGACCCGGAGGGCUGGGAGCGACGCCGGCACCUGCAAACAUGGCCAUGACUACCGAGGGCCGCAACCGACUUGGCACGUGGAGAGAGGACAAAGAAAAGGGGCGGAAUAUCCAGCUUCGCGAUUGGGUUUCAGUAUUAGAAAGGGACGGAAGAGAAGGCAAGGCGCUUCAAAAGGCGUACCUUUACCUGGACGCAUCGAACCCCAAAUAA